AUGCCAGGCUGUAAUGGUGCAUCCAGAGAAGCAUGGCAGCGGACUAUACCACAACUUGCCUUUGAAUCUGAACUACUAUUAAACCCCAUGCUAGCGCUCUCCGCUCUCCACCUGCACGCCCACUCACACAACGACUCUGACAUAGCGAUUGCUUUGAGACGUUACUUGGAUCGAUCACUAGUAAAACAUCGCCAGACUUUAACAAACCCCGAAAAGGGUGUUUCGGAACAGCUUUGGCUCUCAUCGGUUCUGCUUUCGCAUAUGUACUGGUUGCUGGCACAUCAGCCGCAGCCUGACCAAGCAUAUGUUUUUCCACUUCAAGCAAUGAAGAUGCUAGAAGGAGGCCGAGUCAUCUUUAGGGAUAAUGAUGUACUCCUUGGCCAGAAAGGAUAUGGCUGGAUUGGAGAUGAAGCUAUUCCCUUCGUGCUGCCAGAAGAGAAGCUAUCCAAGUUCGCCCAAACACAACUUAGAAAUUUAGAGUACGAUCUAUCGAUAUUGCUAGACGCAUUCAACGUCCAAAAAAUGACAGAAGACCGCAAGAAUAUUUAUAUAGAAGCUCGAGAUUUCGUACUCCACCACUACCGCUCCUUCUUCUCCGGCGCCGAUACCAAAACGCUUCAGCGCUUCGUCGGUUUCAUGGCCGUGAGAUGCCAGCCGGGAUAUCUUGACAUGUUGGAACAACACGACCCGCUUGCCAUGGCUCUGAUGGCGAGAAUGCUGGUUCUUCUAAGUGCGUUGGAUUAUGCGUGGUGGAUUCAUGGUACGGGAGAAUAUGAAGCUAUUAAUCGUGAUGUAAGAGGGAUUUGUGAGUUGCUGCCGAAGAAGUUGAGAUGGGUUAUGGAGUGGCCGAGGAAGGUGUUGGGUGGGGAGAUUGAUUUGAGGAGAGAUUGA